UCCGAAAAUUAACGGCUAACGGCGUUUGAAUCGCGAGCGAAACUGUCGCGCCCCGAGUUCUCCCUUCCGCGAGGAGUCCACCUCUUCCCUCUCUGUCGCUCUUUUAAAACUUCGUCAAAUAUUUAUAAUCGAAACGUGCCUACAUACAUAUGUCGCUUUGAUGACGCAUCUGGUGCGUUCCUCGUCGGCCCCGUUGCGCGCUUCUCCGCGCAAUCACGCUUGAAUCGCUCGGGAUGCUGUGGUAAAGUGGCGUCAGCCGCGUCGACGUGUGCACGGACGCGUGGAAAUAUGCGAUAGGCGAACAAUACGCUCAUCGGACGGCUCCUCUCGUCUGUUGGCUAUGUCGUACUUGAUAAGCAAAGAAUGGGUUGCAUCAAUAGCAGGGCAGAUAUUAACGAUCUGCAUCCAAACGUCUUUCAAGUUAUAAAUGUAGACGAACUGGGUAACUCGAUUACUCCAGGCCGAUUGGAAGUCACCGAAGUAGAACUUAUACUGUACCAACGAGGUAAACAGCCGAUCAAGUGGUCCCUACGUUGCUUACGUCGGUAUGGAUAUGAUGCGAGUAUCUUCAGUUUUGAAUCAGGCAGACGUUGCUUCACUGGCCCUGCCAUAUAUGCCUUCAAGUGUCAGAGAGCCCAGCAGUUGUUUAAUCUUGUACAAAGGAAUAUUCAGAUGUUCAACAACAGUGGAGAUGACUCGUUGUCGGACCUUCCGCUCGGCUAUCAUCCUGCUGCGCCGUUAACCAAUACUAAUAGAUCAUGCAGAGUAACAAUACCAGAAGAGCCUAAUUACUUGGACCCAACACCAACUAGAAGUAACCGUGUGGGUUCUAGAUUUACUCACAGCCCACAGAAUGGUGUCGGUAGAUUGAACAGCGUUGGUAGCAGCAACAGUCCUAUGUCACCUCAAGGAACCAUGGGAUCACCUUCACCGCCUCCUAUAUCGAUACCCCCAUCGAUUUCGCAGACCCAUCCGUCCUCCCUUUACAUCAACGAAGAAGUCUGGUCGUCAAUACCCGUGGAAGUAGAGCACAACAAUAACAAGAGCCUUGGCAACGCGAUGCAAAGGUCGCUACAACUCAGCACCACGAUCGACAACAGCACGACAGCCGACAGCGGUCUCAUGGAAACAGAAUUGAUAUCCAUUCAGAAUAACGCGGAAGCCAACGGCCAACAGGAUGUGGCGUCACAAUCGUUACCGGUGGCACCCUACGUGAACAUAGACAUCUGCGGCGAUAAGAAUCCGAUCACGUCGACGCCAAAUAUCAGCGAGCCGACUCCAGCCAAAGAGGAAAAUAACGACGCGGCUGAAUCCGAAUCUUCCUCCGAGCACGAGUAUAUGAACAUUGGUCCCGGACGGGAGUGCAUCGAGAACGUCGUCGUUAGAGUCCCGCCACCUCCGUUGCCCGUCUUACCUUUCUUGCAGACGGAGGCAGACGUGGAGGAUGGCUCCAAGCACUACUAUUCCAAUCUAGACCCGAGUGAGAUCGAAAGUCUGCGGAACAGAUACUCCGGCGCCUCAGUGGCUGAGAAGUCACCCUUGCUCCCGUCCACGCCUACCGGAUGCCCGAUCAGGGAGGUAAAUUAUGCGGUCUUGGACCUGGACACGAAGGACGUGCCCACGACCACCGACACGUCCGAAAGCACCGUAAAUUCCAUGCCGCCACCGCCGCAAUCUCCGAGCAAGUUGCAGAAAGGCUACGCCACGAUAGAUUUCAACAAAACGGCCGCCCUUUUGAACUCUACGAAUCUCGUGAACGACAACGAGGGCUCCAGGAAGACACGCCACAACUCCACGAUAAGCGAUCUGACAGUACAGUACAGGCACAAUUCGUCAGUGAGUGAGUAA